AUGGCGACUGUACCUGGGCAGCUGAUAUGGGAGAUCGUCAGGAAGAACAACUCAUUUCUGGUGAAGCAGUUUGGAAAUGGGACUGCUAGCGUUAAGUUCAGCAAGGAGCCCAACAAUCUGUGCAACGUGCACUCUUACAAGCACUCUGGGUUGGCAAACAAGAAAACCGUGACCAUUCAACCUGGCAAGGAUCAGUCAGUGCUGUUUGCAACAACAAAAACCAAGAAACAGAACAAGCCAUCAAGCCUGCUUCACAAGUCUCUAUUGAAAAAGGAAUUCAACCGCAUGGCAAAGGCUGUCACAAAUCAGGUGGCUGAUAACAAUUACAGGCCUGAUUUGAAGAAGGCGGCCCUUGCACGAUUAAGCAGGGUUCACAGAAGCCUCAAGGUUGCCAAAUCUGGUGUGAAGAAGAAGAACAGGCAGACUGCUUAUUAG